AUGGAGAACACAACAUUGUCAAAUGAUGAACCGGAAUGUGAAGAACAUCCACCGCUUUUCCUAAGUUUUAAAAUGAUACUGGUAGGCGUUAUUGGUACAAUAAUAGCAAUAAUUGGUUUUCUUGAGAAUGUUUUGGUAUUUUAUACAUUUAUAAGCUCAAAAGCAUUACGAAAUAAGAAUUUAUUAUAUCUUACAUGUCUCAGUGCUUGUGAUAUAUUUAUUUGUUUUUCAUAUAUCGAAAUUAUGUCAAUACAGAUAUAUGCAGAGUAUUUCCAUUAUUUCCCACUAUUUCGUCUUUGGCAUAAUUAUUUAAGGGUGGCAUUUGCUAUUUCUCAUAUUGCAAUAUGCACUGUAUCAUUUCUUAUUAUGGCUGCUGCAUUUGAACGAUACCUACAAAAUGGCACUAGCAGAAGUUAA